AUGGAGCCUGUCAAACAAUCCGACUUGAAGGGUCUGGUAGACCGAGGCAACCUAGAGCUCUCCUUGAUCUGCAAUAGCAUUAAGAUUGGGACACUCUGUGGCGAUCUUGAUUCUGAACAUCGCGUCCACAAGUUCAACGAGUACCUCAACAAUCCACUCGCAAAGGAAGAAGAAAGACACAUGUGGCGACCCGAAACAACCCCGCCAUUUAAAAUAUUGGACGCCACCAAAGAUCCCAUCUAUUCAAUUCCUCUCCAUCACUUGGAGACAGAUAUCGAAUUUCUUUUCCAUGAAAUUCAGGUACCAGACAUCAUUUCCAGAUUGGAAACUGGUGAAUGUCGUUUCUGCAAUUCGAAAGGAGUAUACCAACAGUAUGAAGCAUCGUUUGUAGUGAGCUUCUUGUUUUUUACCUUCUUGCCAAUUCGCCAUUCCGACUGCUAUUUUGAUGUGCUUUGCCCACUAUGCAUUGGAUUGGACUACGCAGAGAUGUGCUUCUAUGAGAGGUGCUCUUGUCUGAGGACUGAGAAAAUAAUGCCGGACGAGGAAUACUACAAUCGUGUCAAAAAAAGAUUCAAAGAGCUUGGCUACGCUCUGCUUUGA